AUGACUUCCGCUACGAAACGAGUUCCCAUCCCCGCCAACGGGGUCGACUACCGUGGCAAGGUCGUGCUUGCGCCGAUGGUGCGCUCCGGCGAGCUGCCAUCCCGUCUACUUGCUCUCAAAUAUGGCGCAGAUCUAUGCUGGGGCCCGGAAACUAUCGAUAAGGCGAUGAUCGGUACCACCCGCCGCGUGAACCCCCGCAAUGGCUGCAUUGAAUUCAGCCGCAUGCCCUCGAACAGCAUCAACAAAGAGGAUGCUAAAGAAUCCGUCAUAUACCGCCUCGAUCCGGUGCGAGAGAAGGGAAAGCUCAUAUUCCAGAUGGGCACCGCUUCGCCAGAGCUCGCCGUUCAAGCGGGCAAGCUGGUCGCGGCGGAUGUGGAUGGUAUUGAUGUCAAUUCGGGGUGUCCGAAGCCGUUCAGUACAAGCGGUGGCAUGGGCGCCGCGCUCCUGCGCACGCCGGACAGACUAGUGUCUAUUCUGGAGGCCCUGGUCAAGGAAGUUGGCGAACCGUAUCAGAUUGGGAUUUCCGUCAAGAUCCGUCUUCUUGAGACCCCCGAGCUCACGGAGAGCCUAGUCUCGAGGCUUGUACGGACCGGUAUCACAGGCCUUACUAUUCACUGCCGAACAACACCUAUGCGUCCCCGUGAGCGUGCCAUCCGCGAGCAGCUCCGCAUGAUUAUCCAAACCUGCCACGACGCCGGCGUCGCUUGCGUCAUGAACGGAGACGUGACCUCCCGCGAUCAAGCCCUCGCCCUGAUGCAAGAAUAUGGCGCAGACGGCGCCAUGAUUGCCACAGCCGCCGAGGCCAACUCAUCCUGCUUUCGGACUGAAGCAGAGGGUGGCCUCGCUCCCUGGCGCGAAGUUGUCCACGCCUACGUGAAGUACUGCAUCGAGUGCGAAAACCGUUUCGGCAACACCAAAUACCUCAUCAACAUGCUCAUUCCUGGCAAAAACAAGGAGUUCAGAGAAGCCAAGCAAACAAAGUGUUAUGCAGACCUCUGCCAUGUCUUGCAGCAUGAUGAUCUGCUGCCUGCUGCUCGGGAAGUUGAUGAGCUGCUUAACCUUGCACACAAGUCAACGAUGAAGAGCAAGGCUGUUGAAAACGCCAUUGCGAACAACGAGACUGCUAGAGCUGCCGGUGGUGCUUCGAGAUUGAAAAACACCACCCCCGCUUCUAAUGGAGUUGGGCCCAUCCGCACGAACUCCAUUCCCAAGCCUGUGAAGGCUGAGACCAAGUCUGCGACAGCGGAGGUCGAUGCCUCCACCAUUUCGGCCCCUCAGCCUCCUCAGAAUGAGGUGGUUGCAUAA